CGGAGACGGCCACAUGAAAGUUUUCAGCCUCAUCCAGCAAGCAGUGACCCGCUACCGCAAGGCCAUCGCCAAGGAUCCAAGCUACUGGAUACAGGUGCAUCGACUGGAACAUGGAGAUGGAGGAAUACUGGAUCUUGAUGACAUCCUCUGUGAUGUAGCAGAUGAUAAAGACAGACUGGUAGCAGUGUUUGAUGAACAGGAUCCACAUCAUGGAGGUGAUGGCACCAGUGCUAGCUCCACAGGCACCCAGAGUCCAGAGUUAUUUGGCAAUGAGCUUGGCACCAACAAUGUUUCAGCCUUUCAGCCUUAUCAAGCAACAAGUGAAAUUGAGGUCACACCUUCAGUCCUUCGUGCAAAUAUGCCUCUUCAUGUUCGACGAAGCAGUGACCCAGCUUUAACUGGCCUUUCAGCUUCUGUCAGUGAUAGUAAUUUUUCCUCUGAAGAGCCUUCACGAAAAAACCCCACACGCUGGUCAACAACUGCUGGCUUCCUUAAGCAAAACACUGCUGGUAGCCCUAAAACCCGUGACAGGAAGAAAGAUGAAAAUUACAGAAGCCUCCCACGAGAUGCUAGUCACUGGUCUAACCAAUUUCAGAGAGACAAUGCUCGAUCAUCUCUGAGUGCUAGUCACCCCAUGGUGGACAAAUGGCUGGAGAAGCAAGAACAGGAUGAGGAUGGGACAGAAGACAACAGUCGUGUUGAACCUGUUGGACAUGCUGACAGUGGUUUGGAGAACAUUCCCAACUUUUCUCUGGAUGAUAUGGUAAAGCUCGUACACGUCCCCAACGAUGGAGGGCCUCUGGGAAUCCAUGUAGUGCCUUUCAGUGCUCGAGGCGGCAGAACCCUGGGGUUAUUAGUAAAACGAUUGGAGAAAGGUGGUAAAGCUGAACAAGAAAACCUUUUUCAUGAGAAUGAUUGCAUUGUCAGGAUUAAUGAUGGCGACCUUCGAAACAGAAGAUUUGAACAAGCACAGCAUAUGUUUCGACAGGCCAUGCGUACACCCAUCAUUUGGUUCCAUGUGGUUCCUGCGGCAAAUAAAGAGCAAUAUGAACAACUCUCCCAAAGUGAGAAGAACAAUGACUAUUCAGGCCGCUUCAGCCCUGAUAGCCAGUAUAUUGAUAAUAGGAGUGUGAACAGUGCAGGGCUUCAGGCACAACAGAGAGUACCCAGACUGACCCACCAGGCCGAACAGAUGGACUCACACCCACGACUACCUCAGAGUACACAGCCCUCUGGAAAGCCACCAGCAGCUCCAGCCCCAGCACCACAAUGUGUAUUUGGAACAAGUGUAAGCAGUGGUUAUAACACCAAAAAAAUAGGCAAGAGGCUGAAUAUCCAGCUUAAGAAAGGUACAGAAGGUUUGGGAUUCAGCAUCACUUCCAGAGAUGUAACAAUAGGUGGCUCAGCUCCCAUUUAUGUGAAAAACAUCCUCCCCAGGGGGGCUGCCAUCCAAGAUGGGAGGCUGAAGGCAGGAGACCGCCUGGUAGAGGUAAAUGGAGUAGAUUUAGCAGGCAAAUCCCAAGAGGAAGUUGUUUCCCUGUUGAGAAGCACCAAGAUGGAAGGGACAGUGAGCCUUCUGGUCUUUCGCCAAGAAGAUGCCUUCCACCCAAGGGAACUGAAUGCAGAGCCAAGCCAGAUGCAGAUUCCAAAAGAAACGAAAGCAGACGAGGAGGAUGUUGUUCUCACACCUGAUGGUACCAGGGAAUUUUUGACAUUUGAAGUUCCACUUAAUGAUUCAGGAUCCGCAGGUCUUGGUGUCAGUGUCAAAGGUAACCGAUCAAAAGAGAACCAUGCGGAUUUGGGAAUCUUUGUCAAGUCCAUUAUUAAUGGAGGAGCAGCAUCUAAAGAUGGAAGGCUUCGGGUGAAUGAUCAGCUGAUAGCAGUGAAUGGAGAAUCCCUGUUGGGCAAGACAAACCAAGAUGCCAUGGAAACGCUCAGAAGGUCCAUGUCCACUGAAGGGAACAAGCGAGGAAUGAUCCAGCUCAUUGUUGCAAGGCGAAUAAACAAGUGCAGCGAGCUGAAGUCACCUGGGAGCCCCUCAGCACCUGAGCUGCCCAUUGAAACUGUGUUGGAUGACAGAGAACGAAGAAUUUCCCAUUCCCUCUACAGUGGGAUUGAGAGGCUCGAUGAAUCCCCCACAAGAAAUGCUGCACUCAGUAGGAUAAUGGGUGAGUCAGGUAAAUACCAGCUGUCCCCCACAGUGAAUAUGCCCCAAGAUGAUACUGUCAUUAUAGAAGAUGACAGGGUACCAGUGCUUCCUCCACAUCUCUCCGACCAGUCAUCUUCCAGCUCUCAUGAUGAUGUGGGCUUCAUGACAACAGACCCUGGCCCCUGGGCUAAGGCUGCAAUCAGUGAUUCAGCAGACUGCUCUUUGAGUCCAGAUGUUGAUCCAGUUCUUGCUUUUCAACGAGAAGGAUUUGGACGCCAGAGUAUGUCAGAAAAACGCACAAAGCAAUUUUCAGAUGCCAGUCAAUUGGAUAUCGUUAAAACACGAAAAUCAAAAAGCAUGGAUUUAGGUAUAGCUGACGAGACUAAACUCAGUACAGUGGAUGACCAGAAAGCAGGUUCCCCCAGCAGAGAUGUGGGGCCUUCCCUAGGUCUGAAGAAGUCAAGCUCAUUAGAAAGUCUUCAGACAGCAGUGGCUGAGGUGACUUUGAAUGGGGAUAUUCCUUUCCAUCGCCCACGACCUCGGAUAAUCAGAGGAAGGGGGUGCAAUGAGAGCUUCAGAGCUGCCAUUGACAAGUCUUACGAUAAACCCACAGUGGAUGAUGAUGAUGAAGGCAUGGAGACAUUGGAAGAAGACACAGAAGAAAGCUCAAGAUCAGGGAGAGAGUCUGUGUCCACAGCCAGUGACCAGCCUUCAUAUUCUCUGGAAAGACAAAUGAAUGGAAACCAAGAGAAAGGAGAUAAGAUUAAUAGGAGAAAGGAUAAAACUGGAAAAGAGAAGAAAAAAGAUAGAGAUAAGGAAAAGGAUAAAAUGAAAGCCAAGAAGGGAAUGCUGAAAGGUCUAGGAGACAUGUUCAGGUUUGGCAAACAUCGAAAAGAUGACAAGAUUGAGAAAAUGAGUAAAAUAAAAAUACAGGACUCCCUUACUUCAGAAGAGGAGAGAAUACGAAUGAAGCAGGAGCAGGAGAGGAUUCAAGCCAAAACUCGAGAAUUUAGAGAACGACAAGCUCGGGAACGUGACUAUGCUGAAAUUCAAGAUUAUCAUCGGACACUUGGCUGUGAUGAUGAGUUGAUGUAUGGGGGAAUUUCUUCAUAUGAGGGUUCCAUGGCUCUCAAUGCCAGACCCCAAAGCCCAAGAGAAGGACAUAUGAUGGAUGCUGUGUACGCCCAAGUAAAGAAGUCGCGGAAUUCCAAACCUUCACUUGUAGACAGGUAGGUUCUAGAAGCAAUCAGG